AUGGGCGGCUGUGACGAAAGCUCGAAACUGCAGCCGGGAUCGAAUCCAGCCGUUAGCAGGACUAGCGUCGAUAGUAAUUAUGGUAAUAGUGCGAUGACGUCGUGUGAGACGAUAGUCUUCGAUAGUAAGUUGGUGAAGACUUCGACGCACGCCGAGGAGUUGGCUGCCACGUGGGGUGGGCGGUGCUCGUUGCCUGACUCAGGGAGGAUGCGCCGAGCGCAUUCAUGGUCGGGGGGGCCCCCAGAAGACGGGACCUCUGAAAUCAGGAUACUGAGGGAACGAUUAGUGCGCACACAGACCAGGCCCAGGCCGGGCGCGGUGUGCCUCUUGUCCCGCCGUCAGAAGCUAACCCUGAUAUCGCUCGCCCUCGUCGACUUCAUGAGCUUCUGCUCUAUGAGCAUAAUGGCACCAUUCUUCCCGAGGGAGGCCAGCGCGAAAGGGAUGACCGACACCAUGUGCGGAAUGGUAUUCAGCUUCUAUGCAGUGGUGAUGUUCAUCACCUCUCCGUUUUUUGGGAAAUUCCUGCCAGUGAUGGGCGCGAAAUUUAUGUUCACUGCGGGGAUAUUCGUCGCCGGCGUUUGUAAUGUUUUAUUUGGAACACUGAAUUUGGUUGAGGACACAUUGAGCUUUACGAUAUUAUGCUUCGUAGUCCGUGGUAUGGAGGCUCUAGGUGCGAGCGCUUACUCUACCGCCAGUUACGUGUUCGUGGUAAACGCGUUCCCCGACACCAUUGGCACCGUGCUAGGCAUCCUCGAGACGUUCGUCGGCCUUGGCAUGUCCGUGGGGCCCGCCAUCGGCGGUCUUCUAUACUCGAUCGGGGGAUUCGGUGUACCAUUUUACAGUCUUGGCGUUGUCAUGGUUCUAACGGUGCCGAUUAACUUCUACCUGCUUUCAGAUUGUGAAGAAUAUGUGUCCGGCUCGAAAACAGCAUCUAUUCUGCGUUUGUUCAGGAUACCAUCGAUAAUUAUAACAGGCCUGGUGAUAGUUAUUGUUUCUAACACGUGGGCCUUCUUGGAUCCAACGCUGGAGCCACAUUUACGGCAGUUCGGUCUGUCCACUAAGCAAAUCGGCCUAAUUUUUCUGCUAUUCUCUAGUCUGUAUGGAAUUUUUAGUCCAAUUUGGGGAUGGGUUGCAGACAGAGUACAUAAUCAUUGGUGUAUGAUGGUUUGGGGAUUGUUUCUCUCCACUAUUGGAUUGCUACUUCUCGGACCAUGUCCGUUUAUACCAGGUCUAUCUCGACAACUGUGGCUGGAUCUCGUAGCCCUGUCAAUACUAGGAAUCUCAGUGGCUUUGACCCUGUUACCUACUUUCCAAGGUGUACUGACAAGCUCGAUAUACGAGGGUGGAUGCCCCGAGGCGUUGGCGACGUACAGUGCGGUAGCCGGCGUCUGGUCUUGUUGCUACUCCCUGGGUGAGGUGCUCGGACCGGCGCUAGGCGGCGCCCUUGCGGAACGCUACGGCUUCCCUUUAUCCGCAACCAUGUGCGCGGCCGCCUGUUUCGUUAUGGGUGUCAUAACGUUGAUAUUCUUCUCGCUGAGAGAAUCCUCGAAAUGGGUUGAAGAGGAGUCGUUGGAAGAUUCGAUUCCGUACACGGACACCACUUGGAACAGCAACUUCUGCCGGACACGCAGCGCCCCCUCAAGCCGUGUGGCGGAACAUUCACCGUUGCUCACACCAUGCUACUGCAACGUGAAAAACGGUUACAACUCGUACGGGACUUCGCACAUCCGACACGCCUGUCUAAAACAUAUAAAACAUAAAAAGAGCGGCUGGGCUAGUGUAAAAGAAGCUAUGACAUAUUUUCUCAAAUUUCAAUACUUAACAAACACCUACGUCAAAAUACGGAGAUUACGUAAAAUGACAAACAAAUGCAAAGAAAAUAACGACGAGCUUUACCAAAACUAUCUUAGCGAAAAAGAUACUGACAAAGAUUUACCGCGAGAUAACCUAAGCCAACGCUGCUGUCAACCUGCCAUCGAUAUUAAAAAUAAUAACAAUAAUAUCCACGAAGAGGACGGACAAACGGAAAAAGAUAAUUACUGCGCAUAUCUAGAGGAGGCUAUUUUCGGUAGUCCGGCUAUAAUGAAAAAUGUCAAUUCGGAUAAUCUGAUAGUGAAGAAGAAACACAAGGGCUUGGUAGCCAAGUUGAUUACCCUUGACGACGAUAGAAGAACUUCUGAUGAGAUCAUUAAGCAUAAUCUACAGAAAGUGAAUUUUUACGAGCAGAACCCAGCGUGCGCUUCCCGUGAAGAUAUUUUCGACGCAUGUGAUUGCAAAGAUGGUGUUACUUACGUGAGGGGCACAGUGACAGUGUCUUCGACAGGCGCAUGUGAAGUU